AUGGGGGUACAGCUUCCUGGAACAACUCUGACUGUCACAGGUUCCCAGGUGGAGGUGACUCCUAAAUGGAGAUCAGAGUUGAAGACACUGACCUGUAGCACCACCUGUACUCUGACUGACAACCCCACCUACAUCUGGUACAAGAAUGGACAACAUCUAGAUGAGAGCACCUCCCCCAGUGUUCAGGGUCAGAGGUGCAACAGAGUGACUUACACCAAGAGGAGAAUCUGUGUCUUGAAGGGGUCAACAGUGGACAUAUCCUGUACUUAUGUUGGUUAUUAUUACAUCACAUCAUCAUUCUGGUUUAGAAGUGAUAAGUCGACCCCUGAAGACCUAACCACUGACCCAGGGUAUGCAGGUCGUGUGAAGUACCCUGACAAAGAGAUGUAUAAAGAUCCCUGCAUCCUGAGAAUCUCAGAUCUGAGAGAGGAGGACUCAGCUGAGUAUCGCUUCACUUUUAAAACAGACAACUUUGAAUGGGGUCAUAGUUUCCCAGGAACAACUCUGUCUGUCACAGGUCUGCAGCUGAACGUGACUCCUGCUGCAGAGGGACAGAAGACACUGACCUGUAUCACCACCUGUACUCUGACUGACAACCCCACCUACAUCUGGUACAAGAACGGACAACGUCUAGAUGAGUCCACUUCCCAACAAUACUCUAGUAAUAUCCUAGUAGUGUUGGGUCAUUCUGUGGACAGUUACUCCUGUACUGUAGAACACCAUGAGGACCUCCACUCUCCUGCAGUGUGUAAGUAUGAAUUAAACUACUAUUCUACUUAG